GCCGCCGCCGCCGCCGCCCGUGCCCCCGCUCCGCGGUGCCGCCGGACCAGCACCAUGUCGCUGUCGCGCACGGAGGAGAUGCACCGGCUCACGGAAAACGUCUACAAGACCAUCAUGGAGCAGUUCAACCCCAGUCUCCGGAACUUCAUUGCCAUGGGGAAGAACUACGAGAAGGCCCUGGCAGGUGUGACCUACGCUGCCAAAGGCUAUUUCGACGCCCUCGUGAAGAUGGGCGAGCUAGCCAGCGAGAGCCAGGGCUCCAAAGAACUCGGAGAUGUUCUCUUUCAGAUGGCUGAAGUCCACAGGCAGAUUCAGAAUCAGCUGGAAGAGAUGCUGAAGUCUUUCCACAACGAGCUGCUCACGCAGCUGGAGCAGAAGGUGGAGCUGGACGCCCGGUACCUGAGCGCCGCGCUGAAGAAGUACCAGACGGAGCAGAGGAGCAAGGGCGACGCACUGGACAAGUGCCAGGCCGAGCUGAAGAAGCUGCGGAAGAAGAGCCAGGGCAGCAAGAACCCACAGAAGUACUCGGACAAGGAGCUGCAGUACAUCGACGCGAUCAGCAGCAAGCAAGGGGAGCUGGAGAACUACGUGUCGGACGGCUACAAGACAGCGCUGACCGAGGAGAGGAGGCGGUUCUGCUUCCUGGUGGAGAAGCAGUGCGCCGUGGCCAAGAACUCCGCCGCCUACCACUCCAAGGGCAAGGAGCUGCUGGCCCAGAAGCUGCCGCUGUGGCAACAGGCGUGCGCGGACCCCAACAAGAUCCCGGAGCGCGCCGUGCAGCUGAUGCAGCAGGUGCCCAGCAACGGCUCUGUCCUACCCAGCGCCCUGUCGGCCUCCAAGUCCAGCCUGGUCAUCUCAGACCCCAUCCCAGGGGCCAAGCCCCUGCCGGUGCCCCCUGAGCUGGCCCCGUUUGUGGGGCGGCUGUCUGCCCAGGAGAGCACGCCCGUCAUGAAUGGCGUCUCGGGCCCAGACGGCGAGGACUACAGCCCCUGGGCCGACCGCAAGGCCGCCCAGCCCAAGACCUCGUCUCCUCCACAGUCCCAGAGCAAGCUGAGCGACUCGUACUCCAACACGCUCCCCGUGCGCAAGAGCGUGGCCCCGAAGAACAGCUACGCGGCCACUGAGAACAAGACCCUGCCGCGCUCCAGCUCCAUGGCAGCCGGCCUGGAGCGCAACGGCCGCAUGCGGGUGAAAGCCAUCUUCUCCCACGCGGCGGGGGACAACAGCACCCUGCUGAGCUUCAAGGAGGGGGACCUCAUCACCCUGCUGGUGCCCGAGGCCCGUGACGGCUGGCACUACGGGGAGAGCGAGAAGACCAAAAUGCGGGGCUGGUUUCCCUUCUCCUACACGCGGGUUCUGGACAGCGACGGCAGUGACAGGUUGCACAUGAGCCUGCAGCAGGGCAAAAGCAGCAGCACAGGGAACCUCCUGGACAAGGAGGAGCUGGCCCUCCCCCCGCCCGACUACAACGCAUCGUCCCGCGCCUUCCCUGCCCAGACAGCCGGCACCUUCAAGCAGAGGCCCUACAGUGUGGCCGUGCCCGCCUUCUCCCAGGGUCUAGAUGACUACGGAGCACGGGCUGUGAGCAGCGGCACGCUGGUGUCCACAGUGUGAGGACGCUGAUCACGGGCCGCCGCCGCUCGGGAGAGCCCCCCAUCUGUCUGGCCUCCGUCGGUUCUCUCCUCCGCGCCCUCGUCGGUUUGUUCUCGGGUUCUUUUCCUCUCUCACCUGCCCGUCCCGCCUUCCGGUUGGUGACCCCAGACUCUGAGAUCCCCCCAGGGUCCAUGGUGCUGCCCCAUCUCUGCUCCCCGUGUCUACACGCCCCCGGCCCCGUGUGUCCGCCAGGCGGGAGCUGCCGGCCGGGCAGCAGGGGCCCGGCGUCCUCGCCUCUGCUCUGCGGCCGCCGUGCUCAAGACGCGCUGUCCCUUCCUGAUGGCUCACUGCGAGCCAGGCCUAAAGUCUGAAGAAAAAGAAAAAUAUUAAAAAAUUUAAAAAAAAAAAAGAAAAAGAAAAAAAGAAAAGAAAAAAAAAAAGAAAAAACAGGAAAAGGACUUUUCUUUCCUGAAAAACUAAAGCCGAUCUGCAUGGACUCCGGUGUGCACACUGUUACUCCUGCAUCCGCCUCCCCCCAGCACACGGACACUGGCCUCGGUGUCCGGGAAGGGGAGGCCCGUCCCAGGGCCGCACGGACACACGGACGGACGGACGGGUGCGUGCCGAGCCGGGGCAGCCUCCUGAGGAAGCUGGCCGCUCCUGUGAGGGAGGCGACGGCCCCGGCCUCCUGCACGUCCUCCGCAGUGUAGAGACCAGAGCACCGGCGGGCGGUGACCCCAGGGCCGUGUGACCUCACGCGGGGCCCGGCGGGGCAGAGGGCAGGGCAGGCGCAGCCCCUCGCGGUCUUUCCAAAGAGCUCCAGAGACCACCUCCCCCUAAGUGUUCUGGAAACUGGUGGACAGCCUCGUGAGGGGAUCACGGCCCCCAGGCCGCCCGGGGCUGGCCCUGAGGAGGGCAGCCCCUGCCCCGUCCUCCCUAAACGCUCUCGUCUCUUUGUGUGUCUUGGUGACUUCGAAACAGACGUGCUGGACUCCGCGGCUGCUGGUUUUGCCUCUUCACACCCUGAACCUGGGGAGGAGGGAGCCAGGGCCCAGCCCGCCCGGCCCCUCCCGCCACGGGGCCCCCCGUGAAGCUGUGGAUCCCUCUUUGUCUGACGUGCUCUAACGGAGCCCUCCGCCCGCUCUCCUGUGGCCGAGAUGGGGCCAGGAGUUUGGGAGAGAAGCAGCUCAAGGCACAGACCGUGUCGUAUUUAAGGAGAACGCGAAGCCAGAACGCGGCCCCGUGUACAAAGAGCCUUCCGUGUCGGUGUUCUCGUUUUGCUAAAGACCUCAAAUCCAGGGGAUUCCAUGCUCAACGGAUGAAUGUAGACACAAAACUGCGACACUUGUGUGAAGACGUAAAGUGCUCAAACUGUUUUCCUGUUUCCUGUUUCCUCUUUUUUUUUAUCUGGAUUGCGCCCUGUACUGCAGUCGUUGGAAUAAAAGUUUUAUUUAUCGCA